AUGGCCCCCGUGAAGCGCAGAGAUCUGGUCUUCGCCGCUAUCGCCAUCUUCAUCGCCUGGGGGUACCUGACUCAUUGGCAGCCGAAGCUACACUACUUACCCUACGCCUUUAUCGCCGGAGUGCUCGCGACGCUUGCGCUGCUAGCAUGGCUCACCUUUACGAUUGCCUGGGACAGAGACGUGCGAAGCGGCGGGAAGGUCGACUACGGGCCGCGCCAUGUCGCCUUCGUUGCGCCAGAUAGGUGGAAGGCUGAGAGGGAGGCCAUGAACCUGAGGAACACGUACAUGAUGGAGCCACUAUACCCAGCGUCCUUCAUGAUAUCAGACAGCAUUGACGUGCUGAUUGGGCUGAUACUGCGCGACUUUGUGAAGAGCUGGUAUGGCAGUAUAAGCAAAAGCCCAACAUUCGUCAACGAGGUGGACCGGGCGAUACGGGCUUCAAUGGGCGAAGUGCGAGAACGCAUACUGGCAUUGGAUAUGGUCGAGACAGUUGUAUCGCGCAUGAUACCUCUUAUCACGGACCACUUGCGAGCAUCGUAUGAGGCAGAGCGCAUAGUUCGUGGACGCAAGCUGUCACGGGAUAUCACGGAUUCUGAGGAGCUUGACCUGGCCAUUGCAGCCAAAUACAAGGAGGGUCGAUUGCAUCCGGCGGCUUCGCUGGCAUAUUCGAAUACCAAGCCUAUACAGCAGCAACAUCUACGAAGCAUCGUCGCGCGAUUACUGCCCACGAUCAUACCUGCGAACAUGUCCACCAGUCCUGCCGUCAAUGUACUGAUUAAAGAGCUUGUAGCCUGCGCAGUCUUAUUUCCUGUGAUGCAGAUGCUUGCUGACCCAGACAUGUGGAACCAGCUUAUGGAGGGCUAUGGGAAAUCUUUGAUCCAAGAAAGGAAGACUGUUCGCAAGAUUCGAGCUGCCCUCGACGAGCACGCUCCGCCGUCACCGAAAAACCUCAAGAAUGUUCAAUUCCCGAAGCUUGCGCCCGGUGAUAAUGAGCGACGAUUCGAACGUUUCAUACGAGCCAUCCGGCAAACCAAUACCCUUGCAGAUGCCAGACGAUUUCGCAGCGAGGUGUCAAGUCAACUACGGAAGGACUCAAUGGUAGAGGGUCAAGACCCUGUGUACCUUCGGCGUCUAGAAACAGCGCGGCAGAUUCUGGAUACAAAGGUCGCCAACCUCAGCGCUGGUGGCUCAGUUCGGGCAAAAGUUGCCGAACAGGAGAAGCCGAAGCACAAACGUACCUCGUCCAAGUUCGCAAACGCGUCUCUGCGCGAAGUACUGUACGAUGCCUCGGGCCUGUCUUGCUUUAUGGAGUUCAUGGAUCAAGCAGACCUAAUGAGGCUGGUACAAUUCUGGAUUGUGGUGGAUGGCUUCCGCAAUCCACUGGAGGUAGAGACUGAAGAAGCGCCGGACUAUAUAGGCGCGCUUCCUGCCUGGACAGAGUCUGAUCGUGCAGAUCUUGCGCAGAUUCACGAUGGUUACCUGUCAAAACCGGAGCUGAAGAUACUACCUGAAGCACGCCAGGCGGUUUCAGAGUUUCUCAAAGCUGGACGGAAGGCAACACCGCAGCAAUAUCAUAAUGCGAGGCGUUCGUUAUUGCGUGCGCAGACGGCAGCAUACGACCAGUUACAGGAACCCUAUUUUCGGAGGUUCAAGAAAUCUAAUCUGUACUACAAGUGGCUAGCCAUGGACGAGGCAGCAAACGCUCAGAAUAGCACCGUUAAUACCAGGACUGUAGCGCAAACCCUCGACAACUCGUCCACGGCGGCUCCUGCUAUGAUCCGGACCCAGUCACGGCAGAAGAGUGCGUUGCAGAUUCCGCAUGGAGACCUGCGUCGAGCCGUUGCAUCAUCAUCAGAUCUGAAGAGCCAAGGAAAUGUCAAGAACGUCGAACCGCCCGCGCGACGCUCUCUAGAUGUACAGACGUCAUCAUCUGCACGCACGCCUCUGUUUGACGACGACUACGACUCCGACCCUCUUGCACACUCGACCGCAAGCCUCAACUCCGACUUUGGUCAUGGCCGCACCAAUGGUAACAACACGCAGGUGGUCGACGCCAUGCAAGCUGCUAUUAUUGACAUCAUGGAUGAGCCUGAAGGAUCUAUCUUCUACGAGCCAAGUCUAAAAUCGCCAAUAGACAAUGUCUCGAUGCAUGGAUCCGCCGAUAUACAACGAGUGUCGUCCCCGCGUCCUCAAGGACAAUCACAUCAAAGCAAGGAAGACCUCAAGCCAAGUAUAGCAUCACUGGGUCUAGUUGGAGAGCCCAGAACGCGUGGAGUCUUUGAUGAUGAUAUCUUUGGCGAUGAGGAAAGAUUUCUGGAAGACGAGAUCGAUGACCCCUUACCAAGAAGCAAAGCCGAUGAGGAAGAGAUACAUGAGGCAGCACCUGGAGAUCUGGGUCUUGCCGAAGCUAUCGAUGCACUUACUGCAGAUAUCGAGCGUCUUGUAUCGCAAGAGUCUAUCGUUGACUCUCUUACAUCGAAGGCGGAGUUGACAAAUAACGCUGCCGAACUGAGGAUCUUACGAAAAUCGAAAGCCAGUCUCCAGCGAGAGAUACAGAGGAAGGAGCUACAACGUCAGCAGUACAUUGUCCAAGAGAGCGAUAACAGCUUGUAUGGACGAGCCACUGUAUUCAUUCAAUCUAUCAUGGUCGGUACCGAAGAAGAUGGUAAGGAGUACGCUAUGUAUGUCAUCGAAGUCCGACGACGUGCUGGUGAUCAGAUGCCUGCCGCUACUUGGGUCGUCUCACGGCGGUAUAGCGAGUUCCACGAACUGAACAAAAGGCUUCGAGUGAAAUUUCCCCAAGUUCGAAAUCUAGAGUUCCCGCGCCGGCAGAUGAUGCUUAAGCUUCAAAAAGAUUUCCUACACAAGAGACGGCUUGGUCUUGAGAAGUACCUGAGGGAGCUUCUACUCAUCCCAGCUGUGUGCCGCAGUCGUGAACUACGCGCCUUCCUUUCUCAGGCGGCGAUCAGUCCUGCCGAUGCGUUAAGAAACCAGAAUCCUAACUCCAACGACUUUGUGACUCGUAUCUACAACUCAGUCGCAGAUGGCAUGGAAGAAUUUUUGGGCAAUAUACCUGUACUCGAUCAACUAUCUGUCGCAGGUCAAAACCUCAUAUCAGCCGCUACCACCCAGCUCGCGAAUACAAACGGCGCAACAGCCCAACCUGGCAACCUCUCUUCGUCCGGUGUUCUCGUCGCCGGCGAACCCAACAACGACGCAGAGGCAGAGGCCGAGCUCCUCGCCUUCGAAAACAAAGAGCUCGAGCCUUUCGUAAAACCAAUCUGCGACAUCUUCCUUGAGACCUUUGAGCUAAACCGCGAGAACAACUGGCUUCGAGGUCGCGCCGUCGUUGUAGUCCUCCACCAACUUCUCGGCGGCACCAUCGAACGCAAAGUCCGCGAGUCUUUUGACAACCUGCUGUCUGAAAACAACAUCGUCAAGUACAUUGAUACGUUGAAGGAUAGCAUGUGGCCCAACGGCAGGAUGAAAGCGGGCGUUGAGAGAACCAGCAAGGACAAAGAGGGGAGUAGGAAAGCGGCGAGCGAGGUUCUCAGUACACUUGUGCCUGAGUUGGCGAGUAGUGUGGUGGGGAGGCAGAAUGCGCAGUUGGCGGCGAAGAAGAUUGAGGGGACUAUUAAUAAUACAAGGCUGAAUACGCAUAUUGCUUUCACACUGCUAGACGAGAUGAUCCAGGUUUUGUUUCCGGAUGUUAGUACGAAGUAA